CACGCUUCUAAUAACGACGAUGCUGUCAAAGAAACGAUGUUUCACGAACUUGAUCUUGUGGUUUCUCAUUCACGGUUAACUUGAAGAGUAAGGAAAGAGGAAAGCAUAUUUAGUUUGUGUUUGUUCAUUGUUAGGUACUAUUGGUUAGCAAGAGGCAGCAAAUAUGUUUUUACGUGUGGUUUUUGGAAUCAGCUUUCUGUUUGUUUUAACUGUUGGUCAAAUUGAAGAAACUGAAGAAAAAGUUCUAAUUUGUCGAACUCCAAAUGGUGAAGCAGGCGAAUGUGUAUCCAUUUACAAAUGCGAUGCGUUUCUCAAAUUAAUAAAUGGCGAACCUAAAAAACUGACCGCAGAAGUUAAACAAUUCCUUCGAGCUUCAGAAUGUAAAAAAAGAAAAAAGAAUGAGUCGCCAAUGGUCUGCUGUGGAAAAGAUACAACUUUCAAAAAAAACUGACUUGUUAAUUGAUUUUAAUUAAAUUUAUUGGAAUUGGAUUUUGUAUUAUUUUGUUUUUUUUUAAGGAAAUAUAUUCAUUGAAAAAUUUGAUGGUUUUACUGGUUUGGCAAGACCAUAACAAAAUUGCAAAUGCAUACUUCAACCAAAACAACAGAAAAUUAUCAUGAAUGGUUUAUUGAUUACAAAAGCCUUGGAAAAACCUGAUUACGAAUAACUGACUGACCAUUGAGUUUGUAUAUGUAGGCCAGUUAAACAUUUAUUAACUAGCAAACGUCAUGAGAUCUAGUUAAAUUAGAACUCUUGUUUCAGAAGCUCGUUAUCUGCAAAUUAUGUCUUUUGAGGUCAAUAAUAAAAAUGCCUUUGUUGUCGCUAAUACACUUUAUUUCGUGGUUCGGCGUUUAAGGUUAUUUUUAAAAUUACAUUUAACAACUAUGGAAGUAAUAGUAAUAUUGUGAGUUUCCUUGUUGUGCUGUAAUGUGGUGGUUGCUGGUUGUGAUUUUCUUUUUCAUUGAUAAUAAUGACAGUUUGGCUAUUCAAGAACGGCCAUGCUUAACACCAAACCAAACCAAAGGAUACUGUGUUCUAUCACAAAAUUGUCCACAUAUCGAACAAAAACUACAAAUUGGAGCCGUUACACCACCAGAUAAACAAUUUAUUACUCUAUCAAUAUGCGGUUAUGAUGCAAAUAAGAAAAUAUUAUUUUGCUGUGAUAUUAAUGAAGUCAAAAUACCUGAAGCGGAACGUAGUGCGCCUGCACCAAAUGUCAAAAAAAAUGUUGUUCAAACAGAAACCAAAAAUACUGAAAAACCACUUCUAAAGGAUUUGUCGCAGCCACAAUAUUGCCAAACACCCAAUGGAGAACGGGCUCAUUGUGUCUCCAUAUACAAUUGUCCAAUUUUUUUAAAUAGGAUUUUGAAUAUGAACGUUUCAAGUCUUAAUGAAAACGAAAUAAGAUUUUUGAAAGAAUCAAAAUGUGGUGAUAAGGACAACAACUAUAUAGUGUGCUGUGGAAAUGAUUUAACCUUUAAAUCGAGUGAAGUCCAGGAAAAUUUCGUUUAUAAUGAGUUGAUACCAAAAAGUGAAUGUGGACUUGAGGCUCCUUUAUAUGAAGAAGAACCUAUGCCAGCAUCAAUACAAUCCAGAAAUGGACCAAUCAACUUGAAUUUUACCUUGCCAAAUAGAAUAUUCGGUGGUGAAGAAGCCGCACUAGGUGAAUUCCCUUGGCUCGCCUUAUUAGCCUACGAAGAUGUUGGUAAAAAAAGGAGAACAUUUCGUUGUGGAGGAUCACUCAUAUCAUCCAAAUAUGUCAUAACUGCAGCUCAUUGUAUAUUUGGACGUCAGGCAGAAAUUAUUGUUAGUAUUCGUCUAGGCGAGCAAGACUUUAAAAGGCAAGGCAAAAAUUGUAUCACAACAAACAAAGGUCAAACUUGCAUGGAUGCACCGGUUGACGUUGAAAUUGAUUCAUUACAUCCACAUCCAGAAUACAGGAAGGAAGUAAAGGAAAAAUAUAAUGACGUUGGACUUAUACGACUCAGGAACAAUGUUCCAUUUACAAAAUACAUAAGACCAAUAUGUUUACCAAAUAUUAUCGAAUACCCAACUCCAGGACACAGGCUCGUAAUAUCAGGCUGGGGAUUGAAGAAUUUUGAUGAACAAACUUCGAUUAAACAAAAAGUGGAGGUUCCCGUUGUUUCUACUUCGCAAUGUUCAAUAAUGUUCGAGAAAAGCAGAGACUUAAACAAAUUAGGGAACGGACAAUUUUGUGCUGGCGGAGAGGCAGGAAAAGAUGCUUGCGUUGGCGAUAGUGGAGCUCCUCUAAUGCGCAGAUCAACUAAAAACUUGUAUGUUAUCGAUAGUAACCCUAGGUGGUUCUUAGAAGGACUCGUGUCAUUUGGUAGGGGCUGUGGAGUAAAAGAUCAAUACGGAGUUUAUACAAAAGUAUUAAAAUAUAUUCCGUGGAUUCAUCGAACGAUAGUGCUAUAAUAAAAAAUAUUAAUUUAAAGA